AUGUCAGGUAAGUGUCGUGGUCAACCGCAGAUUUCUCUGCAACUUGACAUGAGUCAUAAGAAGAGAUGGAGUCUUACAGCUAGACUUGUCGGUGUUCGCCUCCGUAACACCUUCGCUUACAUAUCUGUCCGAUUUGACGAUCGCGUCGUGCAACUAGCUGGUGUGCAUCGCCUAUCGCGUCAUCUGGCCAGCCAUGUCGGCCCAGCUAACUCAAGCUCUGACGCCAGCGCUAAAGCAGGCCUGACAUGUCGAGCAUGUGUAUUGCCAAGCCACUCUACGAGACUGACAAAAGCUAGUUGUGCGACUUCACGAUCCAACCAAGUCUACUCAUUCGUGCUGCCAAUCGUGAAUCGCACCGAAAGCCAUUGCUAUACAUUGAGACGGUAGCUAGUUGUACGACGCCGGACACUUAUCAAUAAGUCAUUCUCAUAUUUUCAUUCUCUGCCAGAAGCGAGGAGGCGGCGACAAAACUAUCUUCGAGCUGUUCAGGUCGGAGCGUAUCCCAUUCUUGGUUUACGACGAAUGACCGCGCUUCCUUGCUGGUUGUACACGUUGCCAGUCCUGUACUUGCGGCGCGCAUGGGAAUUGCAGAGCUCCAUGCCAUCCCAGCUACGAGAUUGAAUGUCGCCGUCACAACCUUCAACUUCGCAUUGGCCUCGAGGCCGCGGCUGGCCAAACCGUUUGGGAUCAUAGUGGUGGAAGCAGAGAUUCUCCUCGAUGUUCUGCAUGAUAUUCUUGUUGCAGCCGGCCGCUUCACAAAUCCCAAUCCGAGCUUUAUACUCCGUCCGCUCGACCAUUCGCCCAGCUUGCGAUGGGCGGUCAGAAGCGGCAACACCUGAGUAAUUGCUCCCCUUCUUCACCUGCCUCUCAUCUUUCUCCACAUUAGUGCCUGACUGAGCUACUGAGUUCAAAUCCUUGGUGAUGGUUCCACCGUGCGUCUGCGGAGUCGGUUCCUAGUCAUCCUGCGCUUUCGCGGAUCUGUCCUCUGUCCUCUUAGCCUUCUUCGCCGCCUUCCUCGCAGCUUUCUCUUCCUCAGUCCUGGCCUUCUGCGGUACCUCGACUUCUGCAUCC